ACGCAAACAUCCCGAAAUGGCAUUUAAUCGGGAUUCUUUCUCUUUACAUGUAACUAACUGUAUAGAGUAGACUAUCCAUGUGCGCUAAAGGUCUGCGCUGAGGCCGCGGUGCGCUAUUACUCAUUGUCAAGUGCGCAUGCGCAAUGCGAGCACGACUAACUUGAAGCGCUAACACCGACUACACGGCACCGCAACGAGGAGGUUACAGCCAUACAGACAUAAUGGGGAAGAAACAGAAAAAUAAGGGAGAUGAUGGUGCCAAAGACGACGGAGUUGACAUCGACGCGCUUGCAGCUGAAAUUGAAGGAGCAGGAGCAGGCAAGGAGCAGAGCAAAUCAAAGAGCAAGAAAAAGAAAGGAAAGAAAGAUGACUUUGAUGAGGAUGACAUCCAGAAAGAACUGGAGACACUGUCAUUAGAAAACCAAGGAGGAAAAUCUAAAGAAGAGGAAAAGAAAUCCGAUUCAGCAGUGGACGCUGAACCUGAGCCCGCUCUGAGUAAAGCGGACAAGAAGAAAGCCAAGAAGGGUAAAAAGGCAAAUCUGGAGGAUGAGGAAGGUGAUGAAGAUCAGGGUCAGAACAACAUGGAAAACGAGCGCAGGGCGAAAGACACAGAGACGGUGGCGGCUCCCGCUCCUGCUGUUGCUGCUUCAGACUCUGAGGAUGAGGGCUCGCGGUCACGGCAGAAACAUACGGCUAAAAAGAAAGGUGGCCGAAAGGGUGCAUCUGACUCGGAGGACGAUGAAGAUGGUGGUGCGAAGAAGGGUGAAGGAGCGGGUGACAAUGAUGAAUCAGACGAUGAUUCUCAAGCCGCACGCAAGAAGAAAAGUAAAGCCAAACCAGACAGUGAGGAAGACGAAGGAGAAGAAUCGGCCUUCAAGGUGAAGACAGCUGCGCAGAAGAAAGCAGAGAAAAAAGAGAGGGAGAGGAAGAAGAAAGAGGAGGAGAAGGCCAAGCAGAGAGCUAAGAAAGAGAAAGAAGAGGAGGCCUUAAAGAAGGAGACAGGGAAACCUGCUACCACACCUUCAGCAGAGAGCAAGGAAAUAGAGGCAGAGGCUUCAGUGGAGCAGGAUGCAGCUGAUGUCCAGGGAGAAGAGGAGGCUGAGGGUGACAAAAAGAAAAAGGACAAGAAGAAGAAGAAAGGUGAGAAGGAGGAGAAAGAAAAGGACAAGAAAAAGGGUCCCAGCAAAGCAACAGUGAAAGCAAUGCAAGAGGCCCUGGCCAGAAUGAAGGAGGAGGAGGAACAAGCCAAAAGAGAAGAGGAGGAAAGACAGCGACGGCUGGAGGAGCUGGAGGCUCAGAGACAGGAGCAGGAGCGUCUAGAGGCCGAGAGGAAAGAGAAGAAAAAACAAAAGGACAAGGAGAGAAAAGAAAGGCUAAAGAAGGAGGGAAAGCUCCUUACCAAGGCCCAGAAAGAGGCUCGAGCCAGAGCAGAAGCCACGCUGCGAGUGCUGCAGGCUCAGGGUGUUGAAGUGCCAUCCAAAGAUGCAAUGCCAAAGAAGAAGCCGGUUUACUCUGAUAAGAGAAAAAAAAAGCCAACAGCACAAACUCCUGAAGAAACUUCAGAAGUGGCAUCACCCACAUCAGAGACACCUCAGCCAGUCACAACAGAGAUGAAAGUGGACAAACCUGAAGCAGAGCAAGUUAAGGAGCCAAAAGCGGAGGCUGCUGAUCUGGACGAUUGGGAGGCCAUGGCUAGCGAUGAGGAGAAAGAGAUGAAGAAGGUUCACAUCGAGGUGAAGGGAACUACUCUGGCAACACAAAAACCUGCUGAAGACCAAGAGAACGGCAGUGAGGAAGAAGAGGAUGAUGAUGAAGAGGAGGAGGAUGAAGAUGAAGAGGAGAAUGAUGGAGAGGAGAGUGAGGAUGAGGAGGACAACAAAGACCGCAGCAACAAGAUGAGCACAAAUAAAGCAGGAAAAGAGCCGAGCUCCGAGUCAAGCAGCGAGAGCGAUUCGGACGAUGACCGAAGCAAAGAGGAGAGACUUUAUGACAAGGCCAAGAGACGCAUAGAGAAACGAAGGCAGGAAAACCUGAAGAACAUUAAUUUUGGCAAGCUCCGAUCUCCUGUGGUUUGUGUACUGGGUCAUGUAGACACAGGGAAGACCAAAAUCCUGGAUAAGCUGAGACACACACAUGUUCAGGAUAGUGAGGCUGGUGGGAUCACACAGCAGAUCGGAGCCACUAAUGUGCCCCUGGAAACCAUAUUAGAACAAACCAAGAUGGUGAAAAAUUUUGACAAGGAGAACGUGAAGGUUCCUGGCAUGCUCAUUAUUGACACACCUGGACACGAGUCCUUCAGUAAUCUGAGGAACAGGGGUAGUUCUCUGUGUGACAUCUCCAUCCUGGUGGUGGAUAUCAUGCACGGUUUAGAGCCACAGACGAUCGAAUCCAUCAACCUGCUGAAGGAGAAGAAAUGCCCCUUCAUAGUAGCACUUAACAAGAUUGACCGUCUGUACGACUGGAAGAAGAGUCCAGACACAGACGUGGUGGCCACACUAAAGAAGCAGAAGAAAAACACCAAGGAUGAGUUUGAUGAGAGGGCUAAAGCUGUCAUCGUGGAGUUUGCGCAGCAGGGACUUAACGCUGCCCUGUUCUACGAGAACAAAGACCCUCGUACAUUUGUGUCCCUGGUUCCCACCUCGGCCCACUCGGGUGAUGGGAUGGGGAACCUCAUCGCACUGCUGGUGGAGCUCACUCAGACCAUGCUGGCCCGCCGACUGGCUCAUUGUGAUGAACUUCGAGCACAGGUCAUGGAGGUAAAAGCUCUUCCUGGAAUGGGUACGACGAUAGACGUCAUCCUGAUCAACGGUUGUCUACGGGAGGGCGAGACUAUUAUCGUCCCCGGUGUCGAUGGACCAAUCAUCACUCAGAUCAGAGGGUUGCUCCUCCCACCACCCCUGAAAGAGCUCCGAGUGAAGAAUCCGUAUGAGAAGCAUAAAGAAGUAUCUACGGCUCAGGGAGUCAAGAUCCUGGGAAAAGAUCUGGAGAAGACGCUGGCAGGCCUGCCUCUUCUCGUCGCUCAUAAAGAGGAUGAAAUUCCAGUGCUGAAGGACGAGUUGAUCCGGGAGCUGAAACAGACUCUGAAUUCCAUAAAACUGGAGGAGAAGGGUGUGUAUGUGCAGGCCUCUACACUCGGCUCUCUGGAAGCUCUGCUGGAGUUCUUGCGUACAUCCAAAGUGCCUUAUGCUGGCAUCAACAUCGGUCCUGUCCACAAGAAGGACGUCAUGAAAGCUUCCACUAUGUUGGAGCAUGAUCCACAGUAUGCAGUGAUCCUGGCUUUUGAUGUGAAAAUAGAGCGAGAUUCUCAGGAGCUGGCCGACAGCCUCGGUGUGCGUAUUUUCAGUGCCGAGAUCAUCUACCAUCUGUUUGAUGCCUUCACCAAAUACAGAGAAGACUACAAGAAACAGAAACAGGAUGAGUUCAAACACAUAGCUGUGUUCCCCUGUAAGCUGCGUAUAUUGCCCCAGUUCAUCUUCAACUCCAGAGAUCCCAUCGUCAUGGGGGUCAUUGUGGAGGCUGGAGUACUAAGGACGGGCACUCCUGUGUGUGUGCCCAGCAAAGGGUUUGUAGAUAUUGGCAUUGUGACCGGUAUCGAAAUAAAUCACAAGUCUGUAGACAGCGCUAAGAAAGGACAGGAGAUCUGUGUGAAAAUAGAGCCAAUUCCUGGAGAUGCACCCAAGAUGUACGGCAGACACUUUGAAGCUGUAGACAUCAUUGUUAGCAAGAUCACCCGUCAGUCGAUUGAUGCUCUGAAGAACUGGUUCAGAGACGAGAUGCAGAAAUCAGACUGGCAAUUAAUCAUGGAACUGAAGAAAACCUUUGAAAUCAUCUGAACACACCAGUGACUGUGACUGACGUAGAUCUCAAAUGCCCCCCUGUGCGCACAUACAAACGCUAUACGUUGUACAUUCCUAAAGGUCACGUGUGAUUUUGGAGUCAUCAGUGUCGCUCAUACAUUUAAGGACAUUUGUACUCGUCACAGCCUUGCACAGUCCCGUAUCGAGGAUUAGUUUCUCGUGUGCAUGGGCGAAAACUCACAACACUCCUCUUUUCCUCUCCAACUCUUUUUGGGUGGUGGGGACUGUUGGAGACAAAAAAAAAACACCCAAAGGUGGGAAAAAAGUUUUUCUGUGAGAAACUGAAACUAUUACCACUGUUUUAAACAGUGACAAAUGUUAGAAAAUGUUAGACAACCUUUACAUUUAUUCCAAACGUGCCUGUUCUCUCUUGAUCAAUCCAGUUUCUUUUUCUGAGGUCUGACCUUAGAUUUACAUCAAAAGUUAUAAAGUGACGUUAGUGUGACUCUCGUGAAUGACUGCUGGAGAUUUCGUCAGGGUUUUAGAUAUCUAAAAAACACUUACCUUAUCAGUAUUUUCAUUUGCCCUGCUUUUUUCUUUCCUUUCUGGAGUGUAGUUUUUAAAUAGUCCUUUUUAAAAGUAUCAUCCCAGCCAGAAAUGGACUCUCUCCUCGUCUCCCUCUCUCGGGUUUCCUUUGUGCCCACGGACACCUUCACCCGGAGUGUGUGAACUUGGAUGAAAGGCCCUUCCCGUCCUCAUUUUGAAUAUGAAAUCUCAAAGAAAUUGACAGGUGAAAAUCAACAAUAAAGAGAUGGCCUAUUUA